AUGUCACCAAACGAGAAUCUCCCAUCCUUCGACAAGGACUAUCGAUUCAAGCAUACCGCUCCGCCGAACCCAUCGUUCAACUAUCGUGACCCCGUUACGAGCACGGAGCAAGGGAAAGACUGGGCCGAUGGAGCAAAGGAAGGUUGGGAGGUUUUCGAUAUCUCGAAGGAAACCCCUGCGCAGAUCUACAAGUUGAUGAUCAGUGGGAUCGUGCCACGUCCCAUCGCAUUCGUUUCGACUCUCAGCGAAGGCGGUAUUGCGAACCUUGCACCAUUUAGCUGGUUCAACCAAGUCUCACCCAACCCAGCCCUCAUCUCGAUCUCGAUCUCGGCGAACAGCAACCCCGAUGGCUCCCCGCGCCCUAAGGAUACAGUCGCCAAUAUCAAAGCCACGAAAGAGUUCACGGUCAACAUUAUUAGUGAACCGUUCAUUGAGAACGCGAAUAUCACGUCGAUCGAUGCGCCGCACGGGGUGGACGAGUGGGAGAUCAGUGGAUUGACGAAGGAGCCCAGCAUCCACGUCAAGCCACCACGCGUCCUCGAAUCUGCCUUCUCGAUGGAAUGCACCCUGUACGCGGCGCACGACAUCCCUUCACCCACCACCGGCAAAGUUUCUACCACACUCAUUCUCGGACUCGUCAAAUAUAUACAUGUUAGGAAGGACGUAUUGACGGAGAAUAGGACGGUAGAUCCAGCGAAGUUCAGGGCGGUGGGAAGGUUAGGGGACGUUACGUAUGCGCGGGUGGGCGAGGGGUUUAGGUUGGCGAGACCACAGUGGGAGGAGGACAAGGAUAAGAUAGAACGAGGUAGUGGUAAAGGAUUGGUACCGUCUCUGUGA